UGUGUACCCAACCGCAUACAGAUCCAUAAGCAAUGUAUUUAAUACAAGCGUCGCAAGGAAUGAGUGAAGUCAGCAUAAAUAAUAUUAUUUCUCGGCAGUCGAAGCUCGGCGGUUUGCUAGUACGUAAGGUUGUUUGUUAGAUGCGCGCUCUCCCAGUUUUGCCGUUGUGUGUGCGGAUGGUUAUGCUUUUGUUAGUGCUGUAGAUUUUAUUCGGUGAAUGCCUUUCUUCGUAAGGGUAUCCGACGUGUUAAAUCGGCGGUUUGAAUUGGAAAAUUAACCUUAUUUAAAGGACAACACAUAAAGUGCUAUUCUAAUUACAUCGCUUGCGUGGGUGUUGGGUGUUCUGGGAUUGUUUCUUUUUGGCAAACGAAAAGAAAAUGAUCGCAAGUUACUUCGAAAUCUGUCUCGUUUGUGGUAUCAUAUUGCUACCCAUACUGUAUGAAACGUCUCAGAAAUUUCGCUACUUUUUCAAGUUCUUCGUGUGCUACGUAGGAGUGAUUAUCAAUUCUCUAAUAUUGAUUCCGGCGAUGUGCUUCCGGCCCAGAGAUGUCCGCAAUCUAGUGUUGGCCAGCUCAUUUUGUCGACAUAUAUCUCCGCUGAUCAGUAUCAAGUGGGAGCUACGUGGGACGGACAUUCUAUCACGUGAUGAAGCGUACGUUAUCGUUGCCAAUCAUCAAAGUUCGCUGGAUGUCUUAGGCAUGUUCGACUUUUGGCACAUUAUGAACAAGUGCACGGUUAUAGCCAAGAAGGAACUACUCUACACUGGACCAUUCGGCAUAGGAGCUUGGUUAGGUGGGUUGGUGUUCAUUGAUCGGAAGAACGCGGAAAAAGCACACGCAGCCAUGAACGAUUGUACCGAUAUGCUGAAGGAGAAACGCGUCAAGUUGUGGGUGUUUCCGGAGGGCACCAGACGGAACACCAACGAAAUACAUCCGUUCAAAAAAGGCGCCUUCCAUGUGGCGGUACGGGCUCAGCUUCCUAUCAUGCCUGUGGUCUACAGCUCCUACAGUACAUUCUUGGACGAUAAAGCUAAGAUUUUGAACAAUGGACACGUGAUUGUGACCACCCUGGAGCCAAUCGAAACAAAGGGCCUAACUAGUGACGAUAUACCUGCACUGAUGGAUCGGGUGCGAAAUAAGAUGAUCGAAACGUUCCGAGCCACCUCAAAGGAGGUCGAGAGUCGUUAUAGUGUUAAUGGCAACAACUCAAUCAGUACCUCGAAGUUGAGACUGCGCUGUCUUGACGAUCUCAUCAGGCCGAAGCUUUCGAGCGCUGCUAAUGGGUCACCGACCAGACAGGUUCGAACCGAACGAAAAGAGAAGGAGUAGGGUAUAUUUUACCGGUCAGCAAGUGUGUGAUAGUAUUUCUAUUGUUUUAACCAGCAGCGUUUCCUCCAGGAGAGAACUGUCGUUUCAAGCCGAGAAGUUUCGGAUUAAUAUUUGUAGUACACGGUAGUCUAACGUCUCUUUCCUAAAAUGGCUGGUGGACGAUUGUUCGUUCUAUGUAUUUUUUGUACUACUUUUAUAUGGAUUGUAUUCGGGUAUCUCGUAGCCGAGGAGAGCCAUUUUUAGCAUUUCAAAGCAGCCACAUCCUACCGCCAGACUAAGCUAGAAAAUUCCCAACUCGAAAGAAGCGUUUUACUCUUGCGUGUACUUGAGUUCGUCAAUACGAAAUAGACCUUUCAACAUCAUUUUGCUCUUAGUUUUCUAGAGUCAAAAAACGAUGCCAAUGAAAUCGGUAUAGCAAGUGAAUGCUAUGCUAGUAGAAAAGUAAAGAAUGACACAGGUCUGCAACAGAAAAACUGAGUGGAACUUUGUUAAUGUUUUUUAUUACGUUUGCGUCGUUCACAGGGAAGUUCGUUUUUGCAGCUUUUAUGAUCCUUGCUUAAAAGCUGGUCACCCAAUAGUCAAACAAAGUUUCCUCAGAAUAAAAUGUAAAUCAAUUUUGAUAUUGGUUGAAGCGAAUCCUUUCAAUAACACCAAAUACUUCUGGAACUACUCUCGUUCUCUUUUGCUCAUGUUUUAAAACUUUAAAUUAUCCCUUUUCAAGAUCUAUUAGAAAUCAUAAUUCAUACGAACGUGCUUGGAUUUCAUAUGUUCGUGAUGGUCAUACAUUACCGACAUGAUACUUGUUUCGGUUGGACUGAACUCAUCCCAAAAAGACUUUGCACGUAGCUAGAAACGAAAACUUUCUUUGCAGAUCUGUUUACUUCAAGGUGUAGAUAGUUGCAGUGGUAAAAGUCUAAAACAUUAUCGUUAUUUAAUGAUAUAAAGCAAUUAUGUACAAGAAUGUUCUAGUCCAAUGUGGAACCCACUUUCAAUUCCGAGAGCGGAUUCAGUGGAAAGUGUCACAUUGCCGGAUACUCCGUUUAGAUUUUUAAUACGAUGAUAUUAUUAUUAUUAUUAGGUACUGUACUUUUAGUUAACAGAGCAGAUGGUGAGAAAGUUUAUGUCAUAAAACAAUUGUAUUUGUAUUAGUAAAAUAUCCACCAAUUCAAACUUUUAACGUUUUAUAACAUUGAGGUUAGAAACUAAGUGUAAUAAAUUCUCCAUAUAUUUAGUUUUCCAAAAUUAAUCAAA